UACUGCUCUGUGGACUGCUUUAAUGCAUCUGAAUUUAUAAACAGACCAACAUUAGCUAUGGCGAAAUUACGCACAGACUGCAUAGAAAAACCGAUCCGCAUGUGUUUUAGAAUAAUUGGUCACUUCAUAGGAACACAUCCGUGGUGGUUCUUCAUCAUCCCUGUCAUUAUCUCAACAGCAUUAGGAAGUGGAUUUUACUUUUUGGAAGACAGAACAUCUAAUGACAUUGAAGAGGAGUUUACACCUCUAGAGGGACAGGCCAAGAUGGAGAGAAAGUUUAUUCAAGAAUAUUUCCCACAAAAUGAAUCCAUGUUUUCCAGCUUGAGGUUGAACACAGAUGGAAUAUAUGCAUGUUUCAUCGCCACAUCCAAGACAAACAUUUUGACAGUGCCACAUCUUGAGGACAUAUUAGUCUUGGACAGCAAAGUUCGGAACAUGACUGUGGAGUUUGAGGAUGAACUGUUGCAAUAUGUGGAUAUUUGCGCAACAGUGAAUGGAAGUUGUUCCUACAAUGCCAUAUUGAACAUUAUAGACUACAAUGCCAGCAAUGUUGAUCUUAUUAAUUUGACGUUUCCAACACAUACUUCUACAUCUGGCAUGGUUUCCUUGAGGUCAACACUUGGUAGUGUGAAAAUAAACAACUCAAUUGUUCAAAGUGCCAAGGCAAUACAAUUUUUUUACUAUUUAACAGAAUUCAACCAAUCAAGAAGCGUCCUUUGGCUGACUGAGUUUAUUAAGUUGCUCUCAGAAGAAUCAACAAAUGUCACAGAGGUGUCGUAUUCUACAUCCAUGUCAAGACAGUGGGAAUUCGAGAAAGUUCCAAAGUCUAUUGUUCCUCUUUUCUCAAUAACAUAUACUAUUACCAUGUCUUUUACAAUUGUUUCAUGUUUAAGGUUGGACAACGUGAGGAAUAAGGUGUGGGUGGCCACCAUUGGAGUCUUUUCUACAGGACUAGCCGUUCUUUCAAGUUUCGGGAUGCUGUUGUUAAUGGGUGUGAAGUUCGUCAUGACUGUUUCUACCUGCCCAUUCUUGAUACUGGGUAUUGGAAUUGACGACAUGUUCAUCAUGAUUUCCUGUUGGCAGAAGACCAAUGUCCAUGAUAGCGUGGUGGAUCGUCUGGCCGACACCUACCAAGAUGCCGCCAUCUCCAUCUCUAUAACCACCAUAACGGAUGUCCUGGCGCUGUACCUGGGAUACAGCUCACCCUUUCGCUCUGUUCAGACCUUCUGUCUUUACGCCGGCACAGCUAUCCUUUUCUGUUACAUCUACAACAUCAUAUUCCUUGGUGCGUUUUUAGCACUGAAUGGCCAGAGGGAAACUAGUAACCGGCAUUGGUUCACCUGUGUGAAGAUUCCAGUGGAUUGUCCUCCUGGGAAGUCGAGAAGGUAUGCAAUCUGCUGCGUUGGUGGGGCCUAUGAUCAUGACACCGGGACAGAGGAGGAGCAACCAAUUAGCGGCUUCUUUGGGAAGUAUUACGGUCCAUUUCUGACCCAGAAAUGGACUAAAGCGUCCAUUGUGGUUCUCUACGCCGGGUAUCUGGCUAUCAGCUUCUAUGGAUGUUUUGAACUGAAGGAGGGUAUUGACCUAGGGAACCUGGCUUCAGAUGAUUCCUACAUUUCCAAAUAUUACAAAGACGAAAGUACGCACUUCUCUCACUAUGGUCCAAACGUUAUGGUGGCUGUUGAUAAGUCACUUGCCUACUGGGAAGAAGACCAGCGCAAAACUCUCAGCUCCUGCAUUACAGAUUUUAAAAAGUUGGCAUAUGUUGACAAAAACUUCUUUCUUUCCUGGCUAGAUUCUUUCCAAGUUUUUGCAAAUGAUCUUGAUAUAAACUCUGAAAAUACCUUCAAAAGAAACCUGCUUCACUUCUUGGAAAAAAGUCCAAUGACCUGGCAGGACAUUCAUUUCGAUGCAGAUAACAAGAUCCGCUCGUCUCGCUUCUUUCUUCAAAUGCUAAACAUCAGCACGACAAAGCAACAGAAGGACAUGCUGAUAAGCCUCAGAAAAACUGCUAAAAAAUGCCCCAUCGCAUUAGUGGUUUAUCAUCCAUCGUUUAUCUACUUAGACCAGUACACUGUUAUUGUGGAUAACACCAUCCAGACGAUUGUGGUUGCCACAGUGUUGAUGCUGGCGAUCUCCUUACUCCUGAUACCCAACCCGCUCUGUUCGCUGUGGGUGGCGUUCUCCAUUGGGUCGGUCAUUGUGGGUGUAGUUGGAUUCAUGGCACUAUGGGACGUGUCCCUGGACUCAAUCUCCAUGAUAAAUCUGAUCAUCUGUAUCGGUUUCUCAGUCAACUUUUCCGCCCAUGUCUCGUACGCCUUUGUCUCGAGCACCAAGGCCGACUCGAACGAAAAGGCUGUGGAUGCGCUGGCCCACCUUGGGUUUCCCAUAGUGCAAGGAGCUGUCUCCACCAUUUUAGGGGUGGUGGCGCUCUCUUUCUCAGAAAACUACAUCUUCAGGACUUUUUUCAAACUCAUUUUUUUGGUUAUCACGUUCGGGCUGGUUCACGGUGUUGCUUUCCUUCCUGUGUUUUUGACAUUUGUUGGCAUGUGCAGAAAUGGGUGAUGUAGAUAUGCAACACUAAAUACAUCAUGUAAAUAAAACAUACAAUAUUUUUUUUUUUAGAUGUUAGUGUGAAUGAAAUGUAGAAUAGGUUGUCGGACACAGUCAUUGGAUAUUGACUUGAUACCACACCUGUUAACAUUACAGCGUCAACCUUUUUGGUUAUUACUCAGCAUGGCUUCUCUUCAUUUGCGAUUGAUUGGUCAGAUUUUUUUUGCAUCUAUGUUUUUCUCUUUGUUUUAAUUUGAUAUUUUAUGUACUUAUACUGUGUAGACUUUAAGCUGCAUUGGCAAAACUUGUGUUCUAUAAAAGUUGCAUACUGUAUUAUAAAUAAAUGUUGAA